UUAUUCGUCUUGAUUUUUUCAUUGCAGAAAGUUUGCGUUUUGUCAGAGAAAUUUUGUAAAAAAUACUUCAAAUUUAUGCAUUAAACAAUAAAAUACCAAUGUAUUGAAAUAGUGUAACGUAUGUGAAACAAUACAAAUAUUUUAGUUUAUUAAGAAACAUCAAGCUGCUUAAGAAAUUUUCACUAAAAUCUAACACUCACACACGACAAACUCUUACCCAAAUAAACCAUAGGAAAUAAGAGAAAAGAAUGUCAACAAAUACGAAAAAACAUCGUCAGAAAGCAGCCGGCAUUGAUGGAGGCGGCUCCAGCAGGAAUCAACGCGAAAGCCAUAAAAUGCCCGAAAGUGAACGUUUACCAUUACAAUUGAAAAUUUCUGAUUUUCUGGCCGGCAGUGAGGAUGAAAUUGUCUUUAAAGGCCUCUCUAAUAUACAACGCAAGUAUAUGCAUCAGUUUGCCGCACGACUAGGCCUAAAGUCUCAAAGCUAUGGCAGUAAAAAUAAUCGCGAGUUACAUGUACGUCGACGUAAACGCCUGACAACUUUGGGCGAUGUUCGUCCUCUAAAUAUGUCAGCUGCCACUAGAGCAGUGCUAAAGAGUCUUCUGCCAACAAUACAAACACAACUGGUAACCAAUCAGGUUAUUGUUCAAUCAAAUCCUAAUGCAUCACAUCGAUAUAGAAAUUUACGCAGUGAUUCAAUAUCGGUUGCCUUGGGCCCGCGUAUGAUUCCUCCAAGAGCUCAACGCAUUAGCAAUGAACUGUUUCGGGAUAAACAGGAAUUGCCUAUAUAUCAUUAUCAAGGAGAGUUGCAUCAGAUGUUAAAGCAACAUAAUGUUUUUAUAAUAAAUGGUGAAACUGGUUCUGGCAAAACUACACAAGUUCCUCAAUACAUAUUAAAUGAAGCUACACGACGUAAUCGACCAUGUCGCAUAGUAGUGACACAACCCCGAAGAGUAGCAGCAGUAUCGGUAGCACAUCGUGUAGCAAAAGAAAGAGGUGAACCUUUAGGAGAAACUGUAGGCUACCAAAUACGCAUGGAAAGUCGCGUUAAAAAGACUUCCAAUUUAAUCUACACAACAUCAGGCUGCUUUUUACGUUCCAUAAUGGCCGAUGUACGUGAUCUCUUCCGCAAGGUCUCACAUGUUAUAAUCGAUGAAAUCCAUGAACGUGAUAAAAAUACAGAUUUUACAUUGAUCACCAUAAAGGAACAGUUAAAGCUAAAUAAAGAUCUCAAAGUGAUACUUAUGUCGGCCACUAUGGACAUACAAUUAUUAUCAAACUAUUUUGAUAAUUGUCCAGUGUUAAAUGUACCCGGUCAGGGGUAUGAUGUUAAGAUAUAUCAUUUAGAGGAUAUACUCUUUCAUACGGGCUAUCGUACGGCUCUUAUGGAGAAAUAUUUACGUUCAAUGCAGGAAGCCUUUCCCACACCCACCUCCAUGUUUAGCGACAACGUAUUGGAGACUAUGAUGAGUCGUACGACUGCUGAUCGUUUGGAGGAUGAGUAUAUGCAACAGGUGUUGGAUUCUUUAAUAGAACAAUGUUGCGAAAGUGUGGAAAUACGAUCGAAAGAGGAGCUAAAUGAAAUGUUUGAUCAGAUCCAGUACUAUAUAGAAAGUGAGGGCAUGUCUAUAAAUGCAGGACAUUCAGAAACGGGUUUAACGCCUUUAAUGGCGGCCUGUAAAUGUAAUAUGCCCGAAUUUGUACAGUUUUUAAUAUUGCGUCAGGCAAACGUUGGCAUACGUGAUCAUGAUGGUUAUGAGGCCAUUGAUUAUGCUCGUCUUCAUGCUGACGGUUUAUGUUUGCAAAUCUUAAUGGGCUCUACUAAUUGUGUGGAGCGUGUUAAACAACAGGAAGAAUUGAGCCAACAGGAUAAGGAAAAACAUCGCAUUUUGGCAGCCUAUCAGCAACAAUUCAAUGAUGACAAUGAGGUGGAUCAUGAUUUAAUUUUGUCCUUACUGGAGGGCUUGUAUAGAAAUGGUCAUAGUGGCGCUAUUAUGGUAUUUUUGCCUGGUUACAAUGAUAUCGUACAGCAAAGGGACUUAAUACAGAGCACUUUACCGUCUGGCACUUAUAAACUUUGUAUUCUACACGGUCACAUGGAUUCCAAAGAUCAAUUUGAGGCCUUACAACGGCAUCCAGUGCGCAAGAUUAUAUUGUCCACAAACAUAGGACAAACUUCUAUAACAAUACCGGAUUUAGCCUAUAUCAUAGAUUCGGGUAAGGUGAAAAUGAACACCUAUGAUUCUAUAACAGAGUCAUCACAACUUCAAGCGAUUUGGAUAUCACAAGCUGAUGCCUGCCAGCGUUCGGGCAGAGCUGGUCGUACACAAAAUGGUGUUUGUUAUCGUUUAUAUUCCAAGGCAAAGUAUCAGUUUAUGCCACAAUUCAGCAUACCGGAGUUUAUGCGCAUUCCCUUGACGGAAAUAUGUCUCUAUGCUAAGACAUUAGAACCGAAGUGUGGAGUACAAACGUAUUUACAGAAGUCUUUAAAUCCACCCUCUACACUAAGUAUACAAAAUGCAGUAAGAAAAUUAAAAAUUCUGGGAGUUUUUCGUGAUGAUGAAUCGGUAACUGAAUUGGGUAAACAUUUGGUGGAUAUACCACUCGAUGUUCAACUAGGCAAAUGUUUGUUGUAUGGUGUAUUUUUAAAAUGCUACGAUCCCAUAUUAACCAUAUGUGCUUAUCAUUCGGUCAAAGAUCCAUUUAUAUUGCCAACUGAUCGCUCGGCCCAGGGUCAGGCCUCGUUUCAACGUAAAUCAUUUUCUGGCCAAUCGUUUAGUGAUCAAAUGGGUAUUUUAUCUUUGCACAAAUCCUACAUGGAAGUCAGACACAAUCCCCGUAAAGUAAGAGAAUUUUGUAAUAAAUAUUUCCUAUCGCACUCGGCCAUGGAAAUGUUUUGCGCCACACGUAAACAAAUUAACGAUGUCAUCAAGAAUAUGUUUAAUAUUAACUACAUGGAUAAAAUGUUUAAUAAUGAUUGGCAUAUGAUACAGUUGUGCCUGGUGGCUGGAUUUUAUCCGAAUGUAGCUUUAAUUGAUCGCAAGGCAUUAAAGUUGGUGUGUGGCGCUGAAAAGCAAUUGCUUUUACAAAGAACCUCUUCCCUUAAUCCACCGGGUAAGAAACAUCUUAAAGAAUUUAUUAACCAACUGCCGCAUGAUUGGAUAGUGUUCUAUGAAAAGUCGCGCAUAACAAACACCUGUACCAUUAAUAUGAACACUGUGGUACCCUCUCUCAUGAUUGCCUUACAGUGUGGCCUGGAUUGUGAUAUAAUCAAAAAUGUGGGCACUGAGGAGGAUGACAGCGAUGAAGAGGAGCUCGAGUGUAAUGAUGAUAUUGACACCGACUCAGACUCUCAGCACUCACUGCAGCUAACUUCCAAUACAGCCACCAACAACACCACAAAUUCACACUCCUCCUCCUCUUCACAUUCUUCAAAUAUUUUAAAUGAUUUUGAAGUUUUACAGCAGAAAUUGUCGACAACUUUAAAAAACAUAUCUCUUAAUAAUGACAACUGUAAAACUAUUAUGUCACUUGAUAACUGGAUUAAAUUUGAUAUACAAUCCGGUGAUGCUAAACUGCUGCUGCUCAUGCGCAUUGCUUUGCAUACACAAUUUUUAGCGUUUUUAAAAACUGGCCCCAAUGCUGCAACUUCGUCGGCAGCAUUUUGCAUACAAAAGUUAUUGAAUACAUUGCAUUCUUCUCAUGCAGCUACAUUUAAAAUGACAGUUUAACUGUGUAUUUUAAUAAGGUAAUCAUUUUUAAAGCACACUUUUAGGCUUACUUUUAAAAUAUUUA